AUGUCAUCCACAGCAAAUGACCCGAUUACAAACCCAGAGCAAAAACUGGCCAACCAGCAGACGACAGAACAAGAUCAAUCAAUACAGACGAAGAUUCAAGCAAUUCUCUCCUCUCAGCUAAGCUUCAUCAAUGAUAUUUCGAACGAAAAGGAGACCUUCUCGAAUUCGAACAACCAAUAUCGCUUGAAAGAGCUCAACCAGACUAUCGGGGAAUCAAUUCAGAAAAUGCUCCUAGGUAACCACAUGAAUCAAAAUAUGUCGCAUUCCUAA